AUGCAUCAACCAACCCUCCUCACUCUCGCAUUCCUCCUUCUCCCCCUUUCCACACUAAUCACCGGUCUCGAUACCGACUCUCAAGCCGGCAGUGGUAGUGGUAGUGGCAGUGAAACCUCCAGCGGAACCUCCAACGGAAAUCUCAAUCCCAACGGCAACGCGAACCAAAACCAAAACCAGAAUUACAACACCAACGAAAACGAAAAUUACAAUUCCAACACCAAUAUCAACAACAAUUACAACAUCAACUAUAGCGAUAAUGACAACUACAAUAUUGAUGUGAAUGACAAUGACGACGACGAUAAAAAAGAUGGGAUAGUUUACACGACUGAAAUUGUCACGGCGCUGACGACUUAUUGUCCUGAGGCGACGAAGUUCGAGCAGAAUGGGAUUAUGUAUACGAUUACUGAGGCUUCGACACUUACUAUUACAGAUUGUCCCUGCACACAAACGCGCGCUCUCCCCGGAACAGCCCUCACACCCGCUAUCCUCCCCCAAUCCCCUCUUGCAACCAUCUCCCCCACUGCCGUCUCCCUCGCCGCUCUCACUGCCCCCUCUCCUCCCCCCGCUGCAGACAUCCUCCCCCUAUAUCCCAUCUCUUCCCUCCCCGCAUCCAUUCUCCCUCAAUCACUCCCCCCAGUCAGCAAUGCCAAUAUCCUCGCUGCUUCUGUUCUCCCCUCUGUUAUUCCCGCCGCGACUAACCCAGCUACGAUUGAUGAAUCAUCGAAACCUUUGAAUAAUGCAGUGGAAUCGGCGUUUGGAGCGACCCCGAGUGAAAUUGGGGAUGAGACGGGAGGUGAGAGUGGACCGGUGCAAUUUUUGGGGCGGCGGGGAAGAGCGCGAGGGAAGUGGGGAUUGGGGGGUUGA